AUACUAGUAUAUUAAAAUUAUAUUAAAAUUUCAAAUUAUUGACACACGACACAAAGUGCAGAAAGUGCAACUGGGAGAAUCCACAAUUCAUUAACUUAACCUUACUCUCGCUCUUGGAGGUUACGUAAAAGCAUUUAUAUUGUUCUAAAUAAUAGAAGGAACGCGAUGGACGCCGUAGAUCCGAUGGAGGACGAUCCGUCCAAGGCGGUUAUGCUAUUCGGUCGGGACAUCAGGAAAAUUCCGUGCUUCAAGCAGAGCAUGCUAUAUGGCAUCUACGGCGGUAUCGCGGCCGGCUUAGCCACCUUCAUGUUUACGAGUCGCGGGAAGUUGGCGACGACCGUGGCUCUAGGAUGUCAGUGGAGCGUCACCCUGACUUACUGGUGUGCCUGUCGAUAUAACUACGUGAUGCAAAAGUACGAGUUAAACGAUGUGAAGAAUAUUCUUCAAGGAUCAUCAAUCGCCAGUGUAGAAGACAGCAAUGUUCUUCAGGAGCAGCAGAAAAAAUUGGUCGAUGUGUAAGGACACUCUUCCAGUCAAAAAGACUUAAAAUUAUAUGAAACGGAUACAUUACGUUACAUUAACAUAAACAGAAUCGUGAGAUCAACAUUAUGUAUAAUUCUGAAAGUUAUAUUAAUAUAACUAUUUAUUAUGAAAUUAUAAAUAUAUAAUUAUGUUAAUAUGAAUAUUAUAUAAAUAUUAUAUAAAAUAUCUGAAAAAAAAUAUCUGAAGAACGUUUCUUAAUUUUCUGAGCAGAUUAUGCUUAGCUCUUAUUCAUAUUAGUAUGAUAGAAUUAUUAUUUUGAGUAUCCAUAUAUAUAUAUAUAUAUA